UCUCUUUGCUGUGUGUCCGUAUCCGGGUCACACUUCCCGGCCAUGGCGACUGCACGGGCAGGGGUGGUGCUCAGUGGCCUCCUCCUCACGCUCCUCCUCCUAACCGUCGUCGCCUCCGGCGCCGGCAAUGGCUCCGGCGAGCCGGCGAUCAGCCGGAGAAGCUUCCCCGAGGGGUUCAUCUUCGGGACGGCGUCGGCGGCGUAUCAGUAUGAGGGUGGCGCAACGGAGGGUGGCAGAGGACCAAGCAUCUGGGACACGUUCACACAUCAGCACCCAGAUAAGAUCGCUGACGGAAGUAACGGGGAUGUGGCUGAUGAUUCCUACCAUCUGUACAAGGAAGAUGUGCGUCUCAUGAAGGACAUGGGAAUGGACGCAUACAGGUUCUCCAUCUCAUGGACAAGAAUCCUUCCAAAUGGAAGCCUGAGCGGUGGAGUCAACAGAGAAGGCAUCAACUACUACAACAAUUUGAUCAAUGAGCUAUUAUUGAAAGGGGUGCAACCAUAUGUUACCCUUUUCCACUGGGAUUCACCUCAGGCGUUGGAAGACAGAUAUAACGGAUUUCUUAGCCCUAAUAUUAUAAAUGACUACAGGGACUACGCUGAAGUCUGCUUCAAGGAGUUUGGUGACAGAGUGAAACACUGGAUCACCUUCAACGAGCCCUGGACAUUCUGCUCCAAUGGCUAUGCAGCUGGCGUGUUUGCGCCAGGCAGGUGUUCGCCCUGGGAGAUGGGAAAAUGCAGCGUUGGAGAUUCAGGAACGGAGCCCUACACCGCAUGCCACCACCAACUCCUCGCUCAUGCAGAAAGCGUUCGGCUGUACAAAGAGAAAUAUCAGGCCUCACAAAAGGGUAAGAUUGGAAUAACUCUGGUCUCACACUGGUUUGUUCCCUACUCCCGCUCCAAAUCCAACGACGCUGCUGCAAAGCGUGCCAUAGAUUUCAUGCUUGGAUGGUUUAUGGAUCCCCUCAUUAAUGGCGAUUACCCACUAAACAUGAGAGGAUUGGUUGGGGAUCGCUUGCCACAGUUCACCAAAGAAGAGUCUGAGUUGGUCAAGGGUUCAUUUGAUUUUAUUGGGCUUAACUACUACACUGCAAACUACGCUGAUAACCUUCCUGCAUCAAAUGGCCUUAACAAAAGCUACACUACUGAUUCUGGAGCUAAUCUUACCGGUGUACGGAAUGGCGUUCCCAUAGGGCAGCAGGCUGCUUCACCUUGGCUUUACGUCUACCCUAAAGGGUUCCAUGAUUUGCUACUUUAUGUUAAGGAGAAUUAUGGCAAUCCUACCGUCUACAUCACUGAAAAUGGUGUUGAUGAAUUCGACAAUAAGACCUUGACACUGCAGGAAGCCUUGCAGGAUGACGCCAGGAUAGAUUACUACAACAGGCACCUUCUUUCUCUGCUAACUGCUAUAAGGGCUGGAGCAAACGUGAAGGCAUACUUUGCAUGGUCGCUGCUUGAUAACUUCGAGUGGGCGAACGGCUACACAGUUCGGUUUGGGAUAAACUAUGUGGAUUACAAGGACGGAGCGAAGAGAUACCCCAAAAAGUCUGCCCAUUGGUUCAAGAAGUUCCUCCAGAAGUGAUGAAAAGCAAAGCAUGUGUAUUUCUCAUUGAAUAGCUAAGAGUGUAUAUGAAUAAUAUGGUGCAUGAGUUUGGUACAAGAGAUGGAAAAGUGAUUCAGCUGAAAUAAUAAUUCUAUCUCUUAUUAAAUUUCAUGUUUGUACAUCUAUCUAUAUUUUGAAUUUCUACCCAUAGCUUAACAAAGGGUAUAUGUGCACCUUCUGUCAGCUACUCCACUCAUUCUAAAAUAUAAGUAUUUAUAGGAUUCAAGUAA